AUGUCCUGGCUAUGGUUGGGGGCGAAUCCGGACUCAGUGCGCCCGGACUGCGUUGAGAGUUCGCGGCCUCCUCCGGCCGAUGGCGCGGCUACACUGUUUAUCAGCGGCUACCAAUUGUUCCUGUACAACGGCGACGGACAGUCCCAUCAACAAUUUACCGUCGAUGUCGACAUAAAGCAGCAAGACAACCUGAAGUAUUUCAACAACGCUAAUGGCAAACUUGAUCCGUCGCUCAAAACCAAGGGCUGGCUUUUGAGCCCGGGAGAGCGGACUAUAUCGUUUAACGACUUCCCAUUCUUUGCCUGUCCAGCGGAUGAGGGCGGGUAUAGGCUGGACCUGGCGCGCAGCCAGGACGAGAGCCAUGCAGGCUGUAUUCCUUUUGAGGUCCGCACUAACGAACAGGACCGCCCGGUGCGCUGUAUGUACACCGAGUAA